CGGGCACACAGGCACACCGGACAGAGAAGCUCAGGGACCGACCGGAGAGUGGCUGUGGGACCCGAGAAGGAAUAAAAUACACCUUCAUUUGGGGAGCUGAAGACCAAGGUUCAAGACCAGCUCUGCUACUUCCAGCUGUGGGGCCUUGGGCAGGUGCCUCUGGGCUUUAGUUCCUUUCCCUGUGCAAUGGGGGGCAGGGGCAGCCCCUCCCACUCCCAGACACUGUGAGUGAGCACAGCAUGGCCCCACGGUGAGGCCACACAUUUACCAACUACGCAAUACUUAAGGGUGCCCAUUUCCAGGCUCUCCCAGACCUGAGUGGGUGCCACCCACUCAGGCAUCCACCUGAGCACAUCCACGUGAGUCACCGAGAACUCGGCCAGCAUGAACUGGGCAUUUCUGCAGGGCAUCCUGAGCGGUGUGAACAAGUACUCCACAGCCCUGGGCCGCAUCUGGCUGUCGGUGGUGUUCAUCUUCCGCGUGCUGGUGUAUGUGGUGGCAGCAGAGGAUGUGUGGGACGAUGAGCAGAAGGACUUUAUCUGCAACACCAAGCAGCCGGGCUGCCCGAAUGUCUGCUACGACGAGUUCUUCCCCGUGUCCCACGUGCGCCUCUGGGCCCUGCAGCUCAUCCUGGUCACCUGCCCCUCGCUGCUUGUGGUCAUGCACGUGGCCUACCGGGAGGAGCGAGAGCGCAAGCACCGGGAGAAACACGGGCCCAACGCACCAUCGCUGUACAACAACCUGAGCAAGAAGCGGGGCGGGCUCUGGUGGACCUAUUUGUUGAGUCUCAUCUUCAAGGCCGCUGUGGAUUCGGGCUUCCUCUACAUUUUCCACCAUCUCUACCGAGAUUAUGACAUGCCACGUGUGGUGGCCUGCUCUGUGGAUCCCUGUCCCCACACGGUGGACUGCUAUAUCUCCCGGCCCACGGAGAAGAAAGUCUUUACCUACUUCAUGGUGGCCACGGCGGUCAUCUGCAUUCUACUCAACCUCAGCGAAGUCACCUACCUGGUGGGCAAGAGGUGCAUGGAGCUCCUGGGCCCCAGGCGCCGGAAGUCUCGGCAUAGGCACCACCUCCCUGACACCUGCCCCCCGUAUGUGAUCUCCCAGGGGGGCCACCCCCACGAAGGGAGCUCUGCCCUAGUGAAGGCCAGCUCGGCCACCAUGGAAGCAGGUGGGUAUCCAUAACCUGCAGCAGAAUCAGCAGGUAGGGUCACCCUGUUCCCUGCCUGUCCCAAGGCCACCACCCCGUACAGGGGCAAAAGUGGGCUGAUCUUCCCCUGGUGAGCAGGAAGGGACUGUGGGGACUCCAGCCUACUUGGUGUCCAGUCUGCAAUGAAGGGUGACAGUGCGUCUGUGGGUCCUGAGCCUCCGUGGACUUGAUGGCUGGUGGGAAUUUUAUAAACAGCAAUAGGGUGAGUCGGAACCCUUAAUAAAUAUGAUUUUCUCCCCCCAGUUCUUUGCAGGCCAGGUGGUG